AUGUCUCGUUUUUCCCCCUUUCCAUUCCACAUCGCCAUCUCCGGAGGUGGACCCGCGGGCUUGACGUUGGCUAAUCUUCUGCUGGCCAAAGGUGUGCCAGCCUCGCAUUUGCGCGUCUACGAGCUCGAGGCAUCCUUCGAUGCUCGUCGAUGGGCGGGCGGUACACUAGACCUCCAUCCCGGUUCUGGGCAAAGGGGUCUGAAAGAGGCUGGUCUAUUGCAACGGUUCUUUGAGCUGGGCAGAGUAGCAGGUGAAGAAGUGCGCGCCGUUUCUCACACUGGUCAAGUAGCUUGGGAACAUGCCCCUUUUGUAGGCAUGACGCAAGAGGAGAUCAGCAAGGUCAAUGCGGAAGAACACAAUCCUGAGAUUGAUCGAGGCGACUUGAGAGCGAUGCUCUUGGAAGGAAUCGCCAAGAGAAUAGGGAAGGAUGAAGAAGUUGUAGUGUGGGGAAAGAAGCUCAGCAGCGUGGAGCCACGCACCGCAGCAGCACAGACCCCCGCAGAUCUCCCUUUCCACACCUUGCACUUUGCCGACGGAAGCAAAGCCAAAGCCAACAUCGUCGUAGGUGCAGAUGGCAUAUGGUCUAAAGUUCGUCGAUUGCUAAGCGAAGCCGAGCCGGUGUACAACGGCGUCACAUGGGCCGAAAGCCUGCUCGUUCCUCGCAUCGUGCAGGACGAAGAUGGUCCACGCUGGCGACUUCUCCAAAAUGAUGCGGAAGGAUUUGUCGACUCGUUGGUGGGAGCAGGUCUAUGCUUUUCCGUCGGUGGGACCGAGGUGCUAGUCAUUCAAAGAAACAAUCCCUCUGCCGAGACGCGCGAUUAUUUGGCCAACCUUCGAGCGGCUGGUCAAGAAAUCCCCAGAGGUGAUGCGGGACUGUGCAGAAUACACACAAUGGUCAGACAACCUUAUGACUGGAUCGACGCAAACAAAACACAAGUUCCGCAAGAGGAGGACGAUGUGCAGACAUCGCUGAACAAGGUUGCCUCGCUGUUGCCGGAGGACAAGUGGGAUGCCAGACUUCGCUCCAUCUUGCUUCAGGGAGAUGUCAACCACAAACCCGUUCUUCGGCGAUUCAUGAUCACACCUCUGGACGUCGCUGGUGGAAUCGAUUUCAACCAGGACGACUCCAAGACGGGCAUUGUGGUCAUUGGAGAUGCGCGCUUGGCAAUUUCGCCCUUUGCAGGCGAAGGCGUGAACAAAGCUAUGGCAGACAGUGCAGACCUCUGCGACGCAUUGUUGAGCGUAUCGAGCACGCUCCAAAGCCAAGGAGGCCAGACGAACGCCUCGCACGUCCUGCAGACCGCUCUGCGCGAAUUUCACGAAAGGAUUCUUCCACGAAACCAAGAGGCUGCGGAGAUCUCCGAAUUCAACGCUCGAAUGUUCUUGCCUUCUGCGAAAGAAGGCAAGUCCACGGACCCAAAGGAGGUGCUUCAGCAACUGAGCGCCAGCUUUGCCAGUAGAGGCCCUCCACCAGAUGAUGCCGGCAAUCCAGACGGCGAAGCUAAGAAGGCAGCUUUUCAAUGGAGCAAAGAUGGGAUCCGACAAUAA